CCAAACCUUUCUUUUUUAUUACUGUUAUUUUGCAUUUUAACACGCUUUUCUUACUCUCUUCCUACUCUUUUUCAUCACUUUCCCUACCUUUUCCUUGCCUUUUGACUUUUUGUUUGCAAUGGCCGCCGUUGAUGUGGUUGGACGGCUUGUUGCGACUGCGCUUCAGCCGCUGCUCCUGAGCGCAACCCAACCAUCAUCCUCAUCAGCAUCAGCAUCAGUCACGGCGCAGGAGAAGCUCUGGGACGUGCUCAGCUCGACCGCUCGACCAGCGGCAGUGCGAUGCCCAGCACAGCAACAACCAGCGACGACGACGACGACGACGACGACCGCUCACUCAGCCAACAUUAGUAGUGCUACCAGCAACAACAGUAGUGGCAACAGCAGCAGUAGCUCGGCGAACGCGCUGCGGAUGAUGAUGAUGAUGAACGGUCCGCUGCUGCCAACCAAAGCGGGCGACGAUCUGCUUUCCGACGAGCCAGUGCAAGACGUUGUCGCUGCUGCUGCGGCUGCUGCUGGUGCUGCUCCGACGACCACCCAAACAGCUGCUGCGUUGGACGAUACAAAUUCAUCCAAGAAGCGCCUGUGGGACGUCGUCACGUCAGGCGAAAUCAAGCGAGCAAAGCAAUGGCGGGGCGCACCCGGCGAACGAGCGCUCUUUUUGGCGUUGAAGAUGGAUCCGAACACGGUUCCAUUACCAGUUGUGCAGAAGAUUGACAUGGGAACGCACCAAAAGCAUCACUCCAAGACCGGUUCUACUGCCACUGCUGCCGCAGCAGCCUCAGCAACGUUCGAUCUUCAAGAUGAUUUUGGAUUCUUUGGGGGUUCUGCUGCUGCCGAUGCUCCCCAGUCCAACGCUCGACCCAGUGUUCCGUCUGGUGGACUGUUGGACUUUUCCUUGUUCGACGAACCAGCAGCUCCAAGCGUUAGUGCGACGGCCGGACGAUCACUUCACCGGCCUCCUUCCAGCGCGCCGCAACCAUCGUCGCUCGCGUUGCUGGAUGACGAAUUCCUAGGUUUUUCUUCGGCCUCUGUUCCGCCUGCUCACCCGAGCGCAGGAACCCUAGUCGAUCCUGCCAAGGCGUCGGUUCUAGCCAGCUUGCCAGCGUCGUUCCUGGGUGCAACAAUUCCAUCAAGCGCGGCUGCUCCGCCUCUCAGCGAUCAAGCCAAACGUUUGCUAAGUGGAUUGCCCGAUUAUUCUUAUAUGCAUUCGCACGUCCUCAUGUUUCCCACGAGAGAUGUCCAGAACAGUAUGAUUUUGUGACGAAAAUUGCGCUAAAGCUCAUUUCAUGUUGUAAAGAUUACGCUGUCAGUUCUAGAAAUUAUCGCUACCAGCUCUUCACUAAGCAUGUAUUGAAAAAGUAAACUGAGAAA